AUGAACAAGAAUACAAAAGAAUCUGGAAAAAAUAUCUUUUCUCCGAAAAAAAAAGAGCAUUUAGAAUCGAAAAUAUUGAUUGCAUUUGGUUUACCUGUAAUUGAUAAACCUCAGAUAGUUUUAAAAGAAGAAAAACAUAAAUACAAGACAAUUGAGGAAAGUGGUGUUCUUUCGUCCUGUAUCUUUCAAUCACGACAGGCGCUGCUUCAAGGAUUUAUCUUUAAAAAAUUUUUAGACCAUUCAUUGCCAAAAAAGCAGAAGAAUGAGAAAGAAUUAGUAAAAAGAAAACACAAAAUUUCAAAAAUAGGAGAAUUUACAUUAUGUAUUGAACUUUUUUCAUUUCCAGAAACUAUAUUUUAUUUAGUAAAAUAUAUUACAGAAACAAACGAUCAUUUAUUACUUUCAAAAGAUUCAAAAUGCCAUGAAGAUUCAGAUAUGUUAUUUUCUGAAAAAGAUAUUACAAACACAUUUACUAGUACUAUCAAUAAUAACUUUGAUUUUAUGAAAUUUGAAAAAGAAUUAUUUGUUCCUCCAUUGAACUCAAAUAAUGAUAUAAAAAAUGAAACACAUAAACAUUCUUUGUUAUUCUCAAAGGUAAAUUAUAUAGAGUUUUUUGAAAACUACUUUUUAAAAAUGCUUGAAGACGAUCCUCUUAAGGUAGAAAAAACUAAUAAAGCCAUAGAACGACUAAAAAUAAUUUCAUUGAACCCAGAGUUCAGGGAAAUAUUAAACUUAAUUAUAUCUGAACAAGCAACAUCAGAACAAAAAACUAUAUUUAAUUUAUAUAUAAUGUCUUCAGAAUCAUCUAAAAUAUCAUUUAACUAUAAUGAAAAAAAAGAAAAAACAUUACAUUCAUUUUUUUUUCAAAAUAAUAAAAACUUAAAAAGUGAAAAAUGUGAUGAAGGAGCAACAAAAAUUAAACAAAAAAGAAAAUACCAAGAAUGUAUAGAUACUGAAAUCGUUUUUGAAUUUAAAGAGAACCCAGGAGAAAAGUGGAUACUACCUAAGAAUAUUAUAGUAGAAAAACUAGGGACAGAUGAACCAUUUGAGAUCCUUGCAUCAUUUAUACAUAUUCAAGACUCUUUAUCCCAGUAUUUCCAGCCUAUUACUUUAAAAAUUUCAUCCUGUACUUAUAAAUUGUGGGAUUUUAUACUGAAAUAUUCAAAUAAAAGAGAAAAAGUAUUUGAAACUAUGUCAAAAAUUCUAUUAGGAAAACGCUCAGAAAAAUUAUAUUUUCAACAUCAGAUUUUAAUUACAGAUACAAAAACAUUCAAAAAUGAACAGGAAGGAAAAAUAAAUAUAAUUUCUCCACAAAGUAAAAAAUCAAUACUCUCUCAAAAAAAAAAAAUAAUAAAUAAAAAUAGUGCUAUCUUGCCCUCUAGCACUGACAAUAAAUUAAUUUCACAAUCAACUCCAAAAAAAAUUAAGACUAAAAAAUAUUUAACUUUACCUAAAGAUUGGCAUUGUAAUAUAUGUAAUGUUACUGAAACUCCUUUAAAACGUCGAGGUCCAGAUGGCCCUGGAACAUUAUGUAAUGCAUGUGGUGUAAAAUGGAAAGGAGGAAAAGGUACAUUAGUUCCUAAAGACCGCAGAAAGAUUACUGAAACUGAUUUAAGUGAUAAAAAUUAA